AAGAUAAACAAUGGGUACAUUGAAUGAUUGCCUUUAAUCUCUUUUCUAUAAUCGUCGGAGGUUCCAAAAGGGCACUCUGUCUCGAUCUCUUUACAAACAUUGAAUCACCGAGAUCAUGCACAAUAGCAUGGCAUUAUAUGCCCUAUAAUGCAUUGGAUUUGUAAUUUAUGAUACGGUCUGGAUAUAAACAUGUAGAACUUACGAAGUCUUCAUUUCUGGAGAAUAGUUUUCUGCGAGGUGGUGAAACUGGAUCGACAAGCAAGUAUUAAUGUUGUGUUAAGCUGGUGUUAAGAUGGCAUACAACCUUGUUUUGGAAACUCCACUGUCUUGAUUGGGAGUUGGACAGCAACAUAAUCACCACAUGAAAUUCACGGAACAUCUGGUGUAGUAAUCAUUAAUCAACUAAUCACACAAGCCAGUCAUACUCUGAAUGACAUCCAUAUAGGCCUGUAUACAUUAUGUGAACUUUCAGUUAUAUGCCUGGCUUUACUAUCCGCACUUUCGAAAUUUUAGCGUAAGUUUCGUAUAAGAAGAGGCAAGUACAGUCGCUAUUGUUUUUACCGACCCGGAUACAAAAGGGAGUGCGCAUAAAAAAAUCCAAUGCCAGAAAUAUCAUUCUGAGUCAUCAAUGGAGUUCGACACGUCCCUUGUGAUACUAACGAAUAGAUUCGAAACCAGUACCUACCGUGACUAUCAACGAGCAGAUAUAGUGGUAUUUAUUCAGAUUAUCAUCAGAAACACUAACUGGACAUGACUGUGGUGAGCGAUAUAGCAUGGACCUACUGGAUAUCGAAGUCUUGAAAACAAGCCACAUCUUUCCAUGGGCAUAAUUAUGAUGCACGAUGUGUUAGCACUAUAUAUUCGUGCGUCGUACACCUCAGAGCUCAGAAAGUUGCAGAUAAUGUCAGCGAAUACUUUCAUGAUAUCACAUCGAAAAUAAUGAGCAAUGUGUUACAGUCAUUUCACGGAUAUUGAACUCAUGCAUGAUCUACGCCAUCAACCUUAAUUAGGCAUCCGGCACGUGCGGGGUGAAUCGAUAUAUUACAUCUUGCAGUUUGAGAAGUUUUUAGAACUCGUGCUGGAGGCGGUGGUCGUCAUGGAGCAGAACGCAUGGCAGACGAGGACACACCUCCUUGCCGUGCUCGUCAUCUUCUGGAUCUACCUCUUCAUCGGCGCUUUGAUCUUCACUUCCAUCGAAAGGCGACAUGCGGACAAUCUACAUCAUAGAUUCCUCCUCACCGCCAUCGAUUUCGUCGCCAACAACUCCUGCGUCGAUCAGGGUGACCUGCAGACCUACUCCAAUGUCCUGAUCGAUGUCUAUACCGGGGGACUACGAUGGACCACCGAUCAAGGUUUCAAUUCAUCAAAACAUCAGUAUCAUCAUUGGGAUCUUGUAGAUUCACUCUUCUUUUGUGCAACGGUCGUCACCACUAUAGGUUAUGGUCAUUUGGCCCCAAGUACUGAACUUGGCCGGUCAAUCUGCAUUAUAUAUGCCUUGAUUGGUAUACCCCUCAGUGGUCUUCUCGUCACCAUCAUCGGUCAGCAGCUCAAGAAGCGACUCAGGGGUAUCUGGCGUCGUCUCCUUGUUCGGCUGCACUGCAUCACAACCAGGGAAUCAUCAAUACCCCAUCGUAUAGCAUCGUUCAUGGCCGUCGUUGUCGCCGGUGUUGCCUUCUACGUCAUCCUCAUUAUCAUCCCCGCUUGCCUGUUCAACUACAUCGAAGGUUGGAACUGGCUAACGAGUCAAUACUAUGCUUUCAUCUCUUUCACAACUAUCGGGUUUGGGGAUUAUGUUGCUGGUGACGGUCAGACCCUGACCGCGGUCGGUCGCGUGGUCUACAAAGUUAUCCUCAUUUUUUACCUUGUCUUUGGGAUGGGGUUUGUCACCAUGCUCUUACAGGGACUCCAGAACCGCAAUGCUCAAAAGGUGAAGCAGUUAGCACAACGAAGAGUCAUCAGGAGAAUCAGGAAAAAGAAACGUAAGGCUGGAUUGGACGAGGCAGACGGAAGUUUCUCCAAAGGGAUGCCUUCUGAGAGUGAUGAGUACGUCGUCAUAACAACGGAUGUUGUUGGAGAUGAUAGUCAAGGGGAGGUGUUUGAGAUGCAGGAACUGGAAUCGGGUGUAGCCUUUGAAACUGUGUCACUUGUCGAUGAUGUUAUGCAAACACAAUCCACCUUGACAUUUGAUGCUGCUACACAGACAGACCGGUUGAAAGUUGAUAAUGGUUGUUGUUGUUGUCAUAGCAAGUCAGAGAGGAACAAUAGAAGUACAAUGAUAUCGAAGUCUUCACAAUCGUCUUCCUUUUCAUCAUCUGAAUUGAAGGCUGUAAAUGGCCAUGAGAUGACGUGGAAGAUUACUGAAAACUUAGCUGAAUAUAAGCCUUGAUUCACCUAUUUCUUAAUGCGUUAUUUUUAACUUCAUAUUUCUUGAUCUUGUCACUUGAUUAACACGAAUACAUGUACCAAACUAGUCCUUUUAGUGUUUUAAGACUGAUUUUAUACUUUCCAGGCCCAAAUCUCUUAGUGAUUACCAUGUCUUGUCACUCAGUGUGCGCUUGAAAAUUGAAAACACUUGUAUUAUCUUUACUCCCGUUGUUGCAUGGCUGUCCUCAAUAUAUAUAUCAGAUAUGCAAAAUUACUAAGUCCAUAUAUAUUCUUGUAGUUUUACAAUAAACAGAAAGUGUAUGUGGUGGUUUUAAAUGUAAAAAUAAAAAAAUAACCCCCAAAUUAAAUCAAAUAAAAUCUAAACAAGGAGAGGAAAAUGAAGCAUUACGUCACAAUCGCCGACCUCUUGUAUCAACAACAUUAUUAACAAUUUCUUCUUUUAUCCAUGUAGGCAUCUAUAUAAUUGAAUAUUUAAAAAAGUGCAAUAUAUCAUAAAGAUAUUGCGCGGGAAUUCGCUAUCGAUGGCGGAACGAGCAUACAGAAGAAAGUAAAAACAAUUAAAUAUUGAAAGUGCAAUCGAAGAAAGGGAUUAAAAUACUUUACAAGUGUUUAUUCUAGAUUAAAUGCUUUGUGUAAUAUUGUAUUUUUUCAUAUCAUUUGCAUACUAUAGUAUGGAUAAUGCGCACUCGUUACUUGUUAUCAUAACAUUAUCAUUUUCCCUAUACAUGUAUGUGUUUGAUUUAAAGCCUUAUUCUACAUGAGAAAUUAAAUUUUAUUUAAUGCAUUAAUGAAUCAUGAUUUGGAUCACCAACUGUCAUCAGUAUGUACAUUAGUGACCCCCCCCCCAUGUGAUCACUACUCAGUAUUAACUCUGUGUGUGUUACGUGUUUAAAGUAGCACAUUCGUAUUAAUCUGUAAACCAAAAAUUGGCUCUUUUGAUAGUUCCCUCUAUUCAAUACACGGUGGUUAAUGUAAUAAUCAAUAUAUGCAGAAUCUAAAGCAGAUGUCUUAAUAAAAAUUAUAGUGAUUAUUAUCU